CGCCUCUGUGACAUUUUGUUUAUCAUUCGUGGUUUUUUGAGGUUUAGGGCAUUUUCUAAUUCUAAUUUAGAUUAUGAAGCUAUCUGAUAUAAAGGGUAUAUAAAAGUUCGUAUAUUCAUUUCAUUAGUGAUCUUCAAAAUGUCGAAACCAAUUACUUUUGUUACCGGCAAUGCCAAAAAAUUGGAAGAACUUGUAGCGAUACUAGGCGAAAAGUUUCCACGCAAAGUGGUGAGCAGAAAAAUAGAUCUUCCAGAAUUACAAGGUGAGAUCGAUGAAAUCGCUGUGAAGAAAUGUAAAGAAGCGGCAAAGCAAGUUGAUGGGCCAGUGCUAGUUGAGGACACGUGCUUAUGUUUCGAUGCUUUGGAAGGAUUACCAGGACCCUACAUAAAAUGGUUUUUGGAAAAAUUACAACCUGAAGGAUUAUAUCGUAUGUUAGCAGGAUGGGAUAACAAAAGUGCCAAAGCAAUAUGUACCUUGAGUUUUGCUGAGAGUGCCGACAGUGAACCAAUAAUUUUUCAAGGGGUAACGGAAGGUAGUAUAGUUGAGCCACGAGGUUGUCGUGAUUUUGGUUGGGACCCCAUUUUCAAACCCAAAGGCUACGAUCUAACCUAUGCAGAAAUGCCAAAGGACGAAAAGAAUAAAAUCUCCCAUCGUUAUAGAGCAUUAGCAGCACUACAAGAAUAUUUCAAUGCAGAGAAAUAACUCUUCGAUACUGUUUAUUUAUUAAUUUUGGAAUAAAGUGAAAUCGACAAUUUCUCAUAUGUUUUCUUCGUCA